AUGGCCCGGCUGCUUAUCCUCCUCUCCUUCUUCCUGGCCCUGGCGGCCCCCGUUUUCGCCGCCUUUGGCUACACGUCCUCCGGCGGCAACUACAUUGUGGACGCGGGAUCAUCCAACGCCCUUGCCUUCAGCGUGCGCCGGUCCAGCUGCGACAUCAACUCCAUCAAGUACCCGCGAUGGAUCAAGGUCACCUGCGAGACGGACACGCUGACACAGUACCUUGUCGUGCGCGAGGGCGACAGCACCAUCUUCCUGGCGACACACAUCACGGCCGAGCCUAGUGUCGGCGAGCUGCGCUUCCUCGCCCGUCUCCGAUCCGACGUGCUCCCCUAUGAGCACCCCUUUGGUGCAGUCUCGACGACCGGCGGUGCCUCGUCCACCGUGGAAAGCUCCGAUAUCUUUGUGGUCAACGGCCAGACACGCUCCAAGUUCUACUCGUCCGAGCGCUUUAGCGACAAGGACGCCCACUGCGUCUGGGGAGAGAGCCCUGAGAUGAUCCACGUCUGCAUGCUCGUGCCGCAGUACGAGUCCAGCUCGGGGGGCCCCUUUUUCAGGGACAUUGAGACCAACAAUGUCGGCUCCAAGACCACCAAUAUCUUCAACUACAUGAACUCGGGCCACGUGCAGACGGAAAACUUGCGCACCGGCCUCCACGGACCCUACUACCUCCAGUUCUCCCGCUCCGGCAUCCCCAAGCUCCGCGAAGCUGACACUGCAUGGAUGUCCGAGCUCGGCUUGAAGGGCUACGUCGCCCGUGCCGACCGUGGACGCGUCUCGGGCUGUGCUUCGGGCAUCGACUCGUCCCAGCACAGCAUCGUCGUCCACUGGUUCAACAACGCCGCCCAGUGCUGGACUUACGCCGCUGCCAACGGACAGUUCACCUCGCCUACCAUGAAGCCCGGCACGUACACCCAGGUGCUCUACCAGACCGAGUUUGAGGUCGCGAGGACGGACGUCCGCGUGUCCAAGGGCAACACCGCGACCAAGGACAUUGCCUCGUUCCUGCCGUCGAGGAACUACAUCUUGCAGAUUGGCACGCUGGACGGCCAGCCGUUUGGGUUCCGCAACGCGGACAAGUUCCUGCGGAUGCACCCAUCGGACGCGCGCAUGGCCGCCUGGGGCCCCCUGACGUACACAGUCGGCUCCUCCUCGGACAGCGACAUGGCCAUGGCCAUCUUCAAGGACGUCGACAACCCCCAGACCAUCAACUUCAACCUCGCCAGCGCGCCGUCAGGCACAACGACCCUGCGUAUCGCUACCACGCUCAGCUUUGCCGGCGCCAGACCCCAGGCCACAGUCAAUGGCUGGGCUGGCGCUGUCCCUGCUGCGCCUACCAAGAUCGACUCGCGCGGCGUGACGAGGGGUGACUACCGAGGACUGGUUACAAUCUCCGCUGUCUCUGGGAGCGGCGGCUCCGGAUUCCUGAGUCCUAAUUUCAUCCUUGAUGCUGUUCAGCUCUUCUCCAAUUAG